CUCUGGUCCUGGCUCGGCGCCGACGCUCUUGCGACCCUACCUUCUUGGCGCCAACUCCACUAAGAUAAUAAAGUGCAGGUGGGAUGGGACGGAGCGAAACCCCAGAGCAACCGCUAGAUUCCACCUGCACGGCUGCGCGGCAAAAAGUUCCUCUUAAGUGACCCCUAAAGAUUAUGCGAGUGGUUUUGGAUCAUUUUAUUUUCAUAUAGUGUUUUUUUUUAUGUGUGACUCCCAUGAAGACAAACGUCAGUAUAUAUACAACAGUUACACCUGGAAAACUCCAGAAUAUUUUAGAGGAAGUUUCUUGAGCGGAAAGAUUAUGGUUGUAAAGGAAGCGGCCCCAACGUCUAGCGCAGCCAGGGUGUGUCUCUGUGGCUCGUGGCAUCGCUCCUACAGCGGUAAUUGAGAGUGGCACCUCCGGGCACUGCCAAGCUCGGGCUCCGGUGGCACUCCUCUGCUGCCGCGACACACACAUCUAAAAUGAGGUCUUACUUUAAGAAAUUUGAGAACCAGGAAUAAAAGUUUCGUGGACGAGAAAGUUGUACCACCUGUGAAGUGGAUUAAACCUUUUUUUCGAAAUCGUAUUCGGCGAUUUUUAUUCUUUCAUUGUUGUUGUUCAUUUCCGUGUUAGAUUAACAAUAUCUUAUUCGCAUACGUAUCAAAAUACUGAAUAAUUGUUGAUUCUUAGACAGUAGAUGGUAAGCGCAAGUAGUGGUUGGUGAUUCCGGAGUGUUCUGUGUGUCAACUUGUCGCAUUGUUUUUUUCUGCUUGUGUGGCACCAGCUGUGCGAGUUGUCGCCUCUCCUGCGGCACCAGCCUUGUGUGGCACCGAUCGCGCGAGUGGCACCAGUACGAUGAUGAGUUAUAACGUCGGAGGCGGCAGCGGGGGCGGGGACAUCGGCUACCUGGACAAAGUGGCACCGAGCUCUCCCGGCGAACACAAGCGCUUCACGGUGAGCCACCUGCUGGAUCUGCCCGACCUGGUGCGCCUUCCGCAGACUCCCGCCUUCACCCACGACCUGGCCGCCCUGCACGCCCACCCAGCCCACGACCUCGCCGCCCUCCACCAACUUCAGGGACCACACCUCUACCACAAUGCCAGGGCGCCCCCGCUGCACCCUCAGCAGCACCACCACCACCUCCAGAACCACGGGCAGCACCAGCAACAAGCGGCGGCGGGCCUUCAGCAGCAGCAAGCCGUGGACUGCAGCCCGGCGCAGCACCUCCACCACCAGCAAAAACAGCAACAGCAGCAGCAGCAACCACAGCAGCACCAGCAGCUCCAACACCCGCAGCAACCGCCUGCGCCGCCGCAGCACUCCCCCGUGCAGCACGUGGGUCCCGCUCAAACCAGGGUGCAGCAGCAGCAGCAGCUCCAGCAACAGCAGCAGCAACACCAGCAACAGCAACACCAGCAGCAGCAACAACAGCAGCAGCGUCAGCAGCAGGGGAGCGCGGGCGGCGACAUGCGUGUGACCAGCCCGACGGCGCCGAAGACCGAGCGAUCCCCGGCCUCGGCUCAUGACACCGACAAGAGUGACGAAGAGGACGCAGAAGGCCGCAAGAAGAAACCCAGGAGGAACCGCACCACCUUUACCUCGGUACAGCUGACGGCGCUGGAGAAGGUCUUUGAGAGGACACAUUACCCCGACGCCUUCGUUAGAGAGGAACUCGCUAAGAGGACCAACUUGAGCGAAGCAAGAGUGCAGGUCUGGUUCCAGAAUCGACGCGCCAAGUUCCGACGUAACGAGCGAAGUGUCCUGGCGCAGAGGUCCUCCACCUUCCGGCCAGCUGACACGCCCCCUUCCGUCACGCCCACGACAGGCCCCGUCGAGCAGCCCCUCGCGCCCAGGCCCUCGGGUACGUCGGCUAUCACUGGUGAUUAG